AUGUUCGUCAAGUCCUUUCUGAUCGCUGCCCUCGGGGUGGCUGGCGUCAAUGCCCAUAUGAAAAUGGCUUUUCCCGUCCCUUAUGGCAAGGACACCCUUGAUAACUCCCCCCUCAAAUCCCAGGGUGAAGACUUCCCUUGCAAGCUCCGCGGUAACACAUACACUGUGUCUACUGAGAACAUGAUGGAGAUCGGAGUCAAUCAGACCCUGCAGCUCCUUGGUCAGGCCACCCACGGUGGCGGCUCCUGUCAGAUCAGCUUGACUGAAGACCGAGCCCCCACUAAGGAUACCGUCUGGAAAGUCAUCAAGUCUUUCCAUGGAGGCUGCCCUACUAAGCAAAGCGGAAAUCUGGGUGGUGAUGCCAAUGCCAUGGAUCCCGACACGUGGAAGUUCGCAAUCCCCGAGGACAUUGCCCCUGGCAAGUAUACACUCGCCUGGACUUGGUUCAAUCGCAUCGGCAACCGAGAGAUGUACAUGAAUUGUGCCCCUGUCACUGUCACCGGUGGCUCUUCCAAGCGCGACGUCGCACCGGUUCAGAAACGAACCGCCAAUUAUCCGCCGAUGUUUGUCGCCAACGUCAAUGGCUGCACCACUCAGGAAGGGGUCGACAUUCGAUUCCCUCAGCCGGGCCCAAAUGUGGAGACGUGGAAGGAGGAUCCGAAACUUGCUCCCGAGGGCGUGCCUGCUUGUUCAGGUGUUCCCAAAUUCGGCGGAGCAGGCGAUACUACAGCCUCUGGCUCUUCUGCUGGUUCCGGCUCGGGCUCCAGCGGUUCUGGCGCCGGCACCGGCUCUUCUUCUGGCUCGGGCUCGGGCUCGGGCGCUCAACCUGUCUCCUCUACCAUCGGGGGUGGUGCUCCUACGGGGUCUCCUUCUCAAACAGGCGCGCCUGUCCCCGUCUCGACAGCUGCACCAAACCAGACUACAGUCCUGAGUGUCCCCCAACCCGGCCUUCCCUCUACCAGUUCCGUCGCCCCGUUGCCCUCGUCCACCUCGGAACCAAACAGUCAAGCUGCGCUGUCCGGCCCCUGCAACAAUGAGGGUAGCUGGAACUGCAUUGCUGGUACCGCCUUUCAGCGUUGCGCCAGUGGACAGUGGACCCCCCGCAGCAGAUGGCGGCAGGUACUCGGUGUGCCGCCGGUCAGAGCCCGGACCUAG